UGGAGCGGCGUCAUUUUUCUGUGCUGGCUGUUUCAUUCUCAGCUAUGCACUGCUGACUUGUUCACAUCUACUCACGACAUGCAAGAGGCCAUGGCCACCGAGGCUCUCAGCUUGGAAGACGCGCACUACUUCUUGUCUCUGGAAGAGAUCCGCCUGGACCGAGCCGCAGUGGAGCACCGGAGGCGACUGUCCAGCUUUCCUCACAUUGGCUCCGACACGGUCUUGGGAAAAUUCAUCCGGGCGUGUCGCUUGUACGCGUUGCACUCAGACGCGGCGUCCGCGGCGUCCUUGCCGGCGCUGUUGCCGGCAUUCGCGGCCCCUUCGUCCCGUAAGUGGUGGCCCGCUGACAGCGACAUUGCGGGGGGUGCCGAUGGCUUAUGCAAACUACAGCGAGUCUACGAGGUCCCCGUCGCGCGAAUCGCGGCCAUGAGAACUCGUCGGCUGCCACCCGCGUCACCGGAAGAUCUGAGCUACGUCGCGAGAGGCUGUUACGCGAACGGGACGCAUGGUAACACGACGGUCUGGUCUCAGCAAGCGCUUGCCGUGGGACUGAAUGCAGGAUCUAGCGCUCGGAAACUCGAAUUGGGACUCUGGUGGCUUCGGGCCAACGACGCGAGGCGAGCGGCGUUAAAGCCAAGGCAUCGGCAUCUAUAUCCUGCCCCGCCGGACACCGACGUGCACGAAUACAAAUCCGUCUGCGCAGAAAAGGGCGAUUUGAGAAGGACGACUGGAGAACUCGGGUGCGUUUUGUGGACUGGUGGCGGGGACCCGCGGUUAAUACUGGCGCCGCUCAAGCUGGAAGUGUUGUCCCUAACACCUCGUGUCGUGAUCUUCGUUGACUUCCUCACUGCAUCUGAAGCGGAUUAUAUUCAGGAAGCCGGGCGUACAGGUUUGGAACGUGGAUCCAUUUACGACUGGGAAAAUCCAGACGGAAUCACCAGUUCCAAACGCAUUAGCAAGGUGUCCUGGCUCUGGGACGCCGACCAUCUUUUCCUGGCGCCUCUCACUCGUCGCAUAGGCCUGGCCGCGGGCCUGUCCUUGGAAUCUGCCGAGCCUUUCCAAGUGGCCAACUACGGCCUCGGCGGACACUACACGCCGCACGACGACGCUAACAGCUUCGACCAGGUCGCGGACCAGUGGGACAUGCGGGACGGCAACCGCGUGGCCACCAUGCUCCUCUACCUGUCCGACGUCUCGCUAGGGGGCGCCACCGCUUUCGUCAACUUGCAGCUCGCCGUGAAGCCACGGCGCGGCUCGGCCCUCUACUGGUACGACCUGGCGCCGUACUCGGGAAGCGACGGGCCCGUCCACUUUGCCUUCUGGCACCAGAUGAAAGCGGUAGACAACCGGACCAAUCACGUGGGCUGUCCCGUCCUCUGGGGAACCAAGUGGAUAGCCACGAAAUGGAUUCGCGAGCGCUACAAUGUUGUCGUGCGCUUCGACUACCCAGGGUAACCGAGCGCCUAUUGGCAGCACACCCGCUGCUUCCGCGCUGGAAGGGACCAGGCUGCCGGCAGUUGCACUCGCAUGUCGAUCGUCGUCGUCGGUCGGCGUGCUACCACUGUGGAUUCGGGAGGAGCGAUUUUUGUGUUGAGAGCGGCGUAGAGAAGGGGCGCAAGAGUUUAGCAAAGAACAGAAACGAAGUGUGAUCUACGAAUUGAGAACACUAGCUGGCAAUAGAAAAAUAUUAGUCAUCUCAAGUUUCACUCGUUUACAUUAAA